AUGUCUGACUUCACUAAUAAAUUGAACAAAUUCAAGCUGUACUAUGUACCGCCAAAGACUGUCGUCGAAAAGGAUAUUCAAAAAGAAGAAGCUUAUGAUAAAUACACCAAAGCUGUCAGUAUGACCCUCGCAGUUCCCCUAUUUUUGCAGGGCUACCAAAUUACUCUUAUUAAUAAGCCAGGAAUGUCAUCAACGUUUAAUAGAAUUAGCAAGCUCAAAUGGCUGUCCGUAUUGGGUGCAACCGGGCUAGGCCUCUACCAUCUCUUUGAGCUAGACCAAAGACUUACAUACCUUAACAGGAUUUAUCCUGAAAAGACCGAGUACCAAAAGAAUUUAUCAAGAGAAGCUGUAUUGCAUAAAUUAAGAGGGGAGCAACAAGGAAAGAAACAAUUCACAGCACAAGAGACUCAAAUUUACAAAAAGAUGUACUCUCUUGGCAGCAACCCCAGUGCCAAAGCUACAAAAAGUUAUAUUCCAGUUGACUUCAAACCUGAUGAUGAAUAA